AUGAAGAUCAAGCAUCAAAUUCAUUAACUAGGAAUCUCCUUUGACAAUCAACUCUACGCCAUCACAAAAGAUGAUUACAGACUGAUAACCUCUAAAAAUUUACCUUAAAAUAUGCUGCGCUAAGAACCCAUCAAAUUUAACUAUAGCAGUUUUUUCAAAACACUACAGAUUAAAUCUGUAGUGCUGACUGGCCUCUCCCAUAUCUUUACAAUUACUAGAGAUGGUGUAGCUUUUGGCUUGGGAAAUAAUGACUUCGGAUAACUCGGAUUGCCACUAUUACAGCAGAAGUGUUUUAAUACGAAUCCGCACAACACAUCUAUCUCAUAAAACACUCAGAUGACGCAACUCAUUAGUAGUUGUUCUGCAAGUCAAAGACAUUCAGCUGAGCAUACAAUACAGAAUAAUCUCUAUUAACAAUGGACACCUUUGAUGAGUUUUGUGGAUUAGGGCAUACUGAUCAGAGAUAUCAAAUGCGGAGAUGACUUCUCUAUAUUUAUAUCUUAAGAUAUAUAGCCAAGGAUAUUUGUAAGUGGCUAAAACUCUCACUACUAAUUAUUUGGACUCCAAUCAGCUCUGACUGCUGAACCUUAAGAAGUUGAUUUAUCUGAUUUGAAAGCUAAUUGUAUUGCCUAAGAUUAUGUUAAGUAACUUGAAUGUGGCUCAACUUUUACUUGCAUAUUAAUGGGAUAUGGCUAGAUAUUUCAAUACGAUUCUUAUGUGAACAAUGUUCAGCAUAUAAAUUUUUUGAAAUCAAUUCAAUCGAAAGAGUUACACUUCUAGAGUUAGUUUCAACUAUUUAUAAAGAAUACUAAGAAUAUCAUGUUCAGGGCCAAUCUAAAAGCUUAGACAAUUCAAAUUGUGAAUGAAAAGAUUCAGCUCUUUGCAGCUAACGACUAGUUUACCUCAUUUUGCUAUCUCGCUAAGGAGUCCUCAGUAGAUAUAUAGAAACCGAAAAAAAUGGUAUGUGAAAGUAAUACAUCUAAUAAUACUUCUAAAAUGAAUAAAAGUCAACUUAACCUCUCUAAAAGUUCAGUAAUGAAGAGCAUAAAAGCUGGCAUCAAGAAAAAACUAAGUAGUAAGCCUAUCUAGUUGAAGGAGCUAUAUGUGAGUAAUGAUUUAAAUUAGAUAGUGAAUCAAGAUCUCAAUAUCCCCAAUAAUAUUGACAAUUAGCAGUCAGACUUGCUUGAUAAAGUCAAGGCUUAAUAGUAGGUAUUAAUGCUCCAAAGAAUGCUGGAUUAAAUGUAGUAAGAAAGUGUAGAGUUAAAGUCGCAAGUAAAAAGUCUAAAGGAUAGCAAGGAAAAGGAUUAGCAACUGAUAAAAAUGUUAUGUGAAAAUUUGGAUUAAUAUCAAGCUGGACUGCCUUGCAAUCAAUGCAAACUAUAUGAGAUUGAAAUAAAAACACUCAAAUAGAACAUGGAUUUACAGACUGAAAGAAUAGAUCAGCUUCAAAGAGAUUCGAUUCUAGUCUUCCAAUAGUCCAUCGCAAACAGAUCAAUUGUUGAGGCCUCAGGAACCUAAUACCUGAGAAGGUCUCCUAUAUCAAGAACCACACCUUUAACAGCAGAUCCCAGUGCAUUCUUCAAUGAUAUUACAAACUUCAACAAUAACCAAAUAACUUAAUACACGAAUAGAAGCAAUCAAAACGGGGCCACAGUCAAUGCUUUUGAGAUAAUGAGGAAGAGUGAUUGCUAUGGAGAGAUGGACUCAAUAGAACGAAGAAAGUACUUCACUUCUAGCUAGAAUACAAAGAGAUAGUCACCUGGCAACAACUACAAGAGAGCCAAUACUCAACUCACAUAUAAUAAGAACUCAGACAGGAAAAACUAAUGCAUUUUCACAAACAUCUAGAAUUCAGUUGAAAAAGAAGAUGAUCGAAGUGUAUUAGAGUCGAGGAUAAGAUUUGCAUCCAUACAUGAAAGUGUUAGUGACACCUUCGAUGACUUCUUAAAUAAAAGUGCAUAGAAAUUAAAGAAAAUCAUUAAGGAAUGCAGUACUUCUAAAAAAGGCAGUAUGAGGACAAAAAAGGAUGACUACAGUCCGAUGAAAGAGAAUGUGUAUUCAGCCUCCCCCUUUAACAUAAGUCUGUAUUCCAAGGAUACUGCUUCAAAGCAACAGUAAUAAAACAAUAUCUCUAAUAUGAGGAAGCAGCAGUAAUCAUCUCUAAAGAAAUACCAAGAAAAGAUUUCUAGACUAUAAGAAAAUAAACAAAGACUAUAAGAGAGACUGAAUAGUUUAAGCAACUCUACAACUAUUCAAGCAAGCUCAAUUGGAUUCAAACUUUGA